AUGGUCUUGCUGGGGUGCUCCAUCACAUUUCUCAUGCUCGAGCUGGGCGUGGUGCAAGGAAUGGCACUCAAAGCUGGAGCCGAAUUGGGACCUGCCAGCACCGCCGUGAAAGCCGGACACGGCGCCGCAGGUGCAGAGGAAACGUUGGCCGAAACGAAGAUCUUGCAGCAGGGCCUCGACACAAAAAAUGCAGAGCCACCCAUCGGCUACGCAUAUCCAGCAUCAUCACUCCCCCACAGUUACUACGGAUCCCCAAUAUACGUCCACCCCCCUCCCCGAAGGUAUUCCCUCCAUGGACUGUUUCGUCAUCUCAAAGGCCUCUACAGAUCACUUGCUGAUCGUGUCGAGCGGACCAGGGACUGGCUCUGGAAUUUUCUAUUUCGCCAAAAUCAUCAGCCCCAGCCGUAUUUCACCACUUCCGCUCCAUAUUACCACCCUAACUACCAACCACCUUUCCAUCCACCCGUGGGAACCCCCGUCGAGACACUCAACGAGGUCGCCCAUUCCUCCACAGCACUCUCCAAACCUCCACUUAUAUCGACAAGACCGGAGCUCUCAGAGGCCUCAACGGCUUUGCUGGGCACCAGGGUGGAGAUGGACGUACCCAAGACCGCCUACGUGACUCCCGUCGAGUAUCUCCCAGGUUCUGAACGAACUGACAAGUUCAUAGAAGAUCGCCAGGGUUUGUAUAGAGCAUUUGCACACAUCAAGCUCAAAGACCAAGAGCUACACGAGCAGGUCAGGCAACAAUUGAUCGAACACAUCAGAAAUAACCCCGAGCAAUUUUCACGAUAUCUCACUACGAACGAACCAAAUCGCAAUACAAUUUCAAUCGACAAUCGUCUUUAUCGACUUUCAGACGCUCAAUUGGAUGGUGUCGAACUUGCCGCGUUCGCAGAUCUCCAAAAGUCAAAUGUCGUUCUUGUAUCGAAGACAGGAAACACCGUGCGUGUUGACAAGCACACCAUCGACCCAUUCAAGAGGGAAUACAAAGGAAUAAGUGUGGAAGACGGACACUAUGAACUCUUGCGCUACGAGGACCCUAUGCCACCAAAAUCCAAACAACCGGUUGGCUAG